AUGUCUGAAUACCAGGCCAACAUAGCGCCCAUAGCGCCUCACAACGCUGACGGCCAACCCGACGCGCCCAAGGAGGUCCCCGAAGCCGCCCCUAUUACCGAGAACGAGGUCGGAGAGUAUCGCGAACAGGACAGAUAUUUGCCGAUCGCCAAUGUGUCACGGAUUAUGAAGAAUUCGGUGCCGUCGACGGCGAAGAUCGCGAAAGACGCAAAGGAGUGCGUCCAGGAGUGCGUGUCCGAGUUCAUCUCCUUCAUCACCUCGGAAGCGGCGGAGAAAUGUCAGCUUGAAAAGCGCAAGACAAUAGGUGGCGAGGACAUUCUCUACGCCAUGAGCUCCCUCGGUUUCGAACAGUACGCCGAGACGCUCAAAAUACACCUCGUCAAGCUUCGUCAGCAUCAAGCCGCGGCAUCCAACAGUAAGGUCACGGAAGCGAUGGAGCAGCACGACGACUGA